CCCUUCCUGCUGCAGGCCUUUGGGAAAUACCUCCACUCUAGAGAGAGGACAGAUGUCAUCCUCGAGGCCAUCGAGGCAAUGAGAGAUGCCAGCAUCCUUGACAAGCAGGUGCCCAGCAGCAUGCUGGAUGUGGCCAUGGAAUACCCAGACUUCUGGCUGACAGAUGUGCCAAAAAUAGUGAACUGCAUCCUAGAAAACCUGCCAUACAUCACCAUAGAUUCAGGCUAUAGGAUGGCUGAGUCACUGUUUCUCCUAAUGACUCAUAAGUAUGGCUCAGCAGUGGUCAUCGGCCUGUGUGAGAUGGCUCUUCAACAAGACAGCGGUGUGCAGGAGCUGUGCAACACUCUGUCCUCCAUGCCUGGGAUUUUGAACGGGGUCAUAACAGAGUUUGCUACCUUGCUCCGGAACCAGUGGUGCAACCCUCCCAGAGAAGGCAGCCUCAUCUCUCACAGAGCUCCAUCCUCGGGGCAGAUUGACUUGGAGGAGUUGGGUGACAAGCACAAUGUCUGGAGCGAGCGGGGACAUCCUGAUGUGGUGACAGCCUUCCUGAUGCUGGAAGUCCUCGUUGGGCUGUCGGAGAGAGCUGAGAUGGCAAAAGAAAUCGAAGCCUUCCUGCCAAGCCUGAUGAAGAUACUGGAAGUUGGCAGUGAAGAUGAGAAGCUGAAGAUCGUUGUGGUCUUCCGAAAUGUCCUGGGCCAGCUGAAGAAGUCCAAGGCCAGCUCCAUGGCUGUGGCGCUGGUGGGGAAGAUCCUGCCCCUCUCUGACUCGGAGUGCGGCCGGCUGCGAGAGCUCUCCCUCUGGCUGCUCAGAGACCUGCUGAGGUCCGUGGUGAGUAGGGAUGAGAGGAGCAUGAGGAGGGAGAUGCAGAGGGCACUGAUCCCGCUCCUCUUCCGUCUGAACGACCAGCUGCCCAGCGUGGCCAAGUUGAUGAAGAAGAGGAGCAGGGCUGAAGAGUACAUGGAACAGAGCCUGCCCUACCUGAGGGACCCUCAGUCCUCCGUGCGCCUGGCGGCCGUCAGGUUCCUCGGGACCGCCACCAGGCACAUGAGGGAGCAGGAUUUGGAGACUCAGGCUCAUAUCCUCAGUGCCCUUCAGCCCUUGGAGACAGACAGGGAUAUCUCCGUCAGUUCCCUGGCAGCCCACACGGGCUCCAUCCUGAGAGCUCCAAGGGUGCAGCGGCGAAGAUCUUGGGUCAUCCUACAGAUGCUGUGCUGUUGGUGCCGGUGAGCUCAGCAGAGCUGCAGCUUUCUGUGGGUUAAUAAAGGUGGAAAAACACACCCAAGCCCAUGGUAUCCUUCAGAUGUCUAGUGCCCUGAGUGUGCUGAGCAGACUGUGUCCUUCUUGGCCUGUCCUACAGGCAGUAGGAUGCUUCCUCCUCACACCCCUGUCAUCCCAG